AUGAAAGCGAAUGAUACGACUCUAUCGGAUACUGUAUUGGCGGUGUUGAAACGAAACGCACUCAGCUCUGCAAAUGUGCCAGCUGAAUACGAAGGUAUGGGAAUGUGUAACAAGGAUUUGUUAUGCCUAUCGGAGGUGCUUGGAUUGGAUUUCAACGUUUACAUGCGAUUACUGCAAAUUCAACGCGCUGUCACCGUGAUCACUUUGUAUGGCAGUGAAGAGCAAAAACAAACGCUGUUACCGAAAAUAGCGUCGGGUGCUCUGAAACCAGCAAUAUUAUUGUUUGACGAGAAUGGGAAUUUCGAUUUCGAAUCAAUUCAAACUUCGGCGAUCGCGUCUGGCGAUGGAGUGGAGAAAAUAAGCGGUACAAAAAGUUCAGUGAUCGGCGUUGCAGAUGCAAAUCUUUUCUUAGUGUUCGCUAUGAGGAAAUCGAAUCUUCAGCAAAAAGGGAAUAUGGCCUGUUAUAUAAUAGAAAGAGAACAUCUGCCUCAACAAAGUUGUCUAACGAUAAACUCACGUAUCAACACACUUGGUCUUAACGCUCUUCAUGUAAGUGAUGUUGAACUAAAAGACGUCCCGGUGAACUCGUCAAGCCUACUCGGUUCCGUGAACGAUUCUCGUGAUAUCGCUCUAGAACUAUCCGCUUCGAAUGGUUACACAUACGGCGCGGCUGUUGUCGGUUUCCUGAAGUUAUUAAUCGGUGAGUUAUCACAUUUCUGUAAUACAACAAUACAGUUCAAAUCGCCAUUGUCCGAGAAUCUUGGCAUACAGGUGAACAUAGAUAUCUUUUCUAAAGUGUUUCGAAAAUGA